AUGGAAGUGAUUGUUAUCGAGAUUCCUCCGGGAAGAGAUGUUGUGGAGUAUCUCAUUAAUUUUGCUCAAUCCCAACAAGCUGGAAUCACAGUGUUGAGUGGUUCUGGUCUUGUCUCUGAUGUUACCAUUCUCCUUCCGAUAACACGUGCCAUUAGUUUUCCCGUUGAAGGACCAUUUAACAUGAUAUCUCUUUCGGAAACUUAUGUAAAUCCCAAUAUUGGUCAGGCUUCUCCCUCGUUGUUGAGUAUUGCUUCUUCACAUUCAUAUUUUUCCAUUUCUGUCUCCAACAACGACAAUGGAAAGGUUUUUGGUGGAAUUGUUGAAGGAAAGAUUAUGGCUGCAGGUACUGUUAAGAUUACUGCUGCUCUUAUUAAAAAUCCUAAAUUUCAUAGGUUGGACAAUAUCGUUGGAAGUCCUGCAAGAUGA